AUGAGAUUACAUGAGAAUCAGCAGACUCAGGUUGAUCAUGGUCCCCGGGGCGCGGAUCUGGAGAGCUUGAUAUCCCCUCGUGCCCUUGCUGACUACCUUGUCGAUCUCUAUUUCUCUACCUUCGAGAACACACUUCGUAUACUGCACUUUCCUUCAUUUAUGACCGAGUAUAACGCAUUUUGGAUCUCCCGUGGAGAACGCUCUGGGUGCAAGUCUUGCAAUGAUGUCUUUGCUGCAAAGCUGCUGGCCUUGAUGACCUGUACAAAUUGCUUUGCUGAUAGUGAAGCACUCGCGUCAACAGAGACUGGUUCAGAUUCGUUACAAAGAAAUGCCCAAAUUUGGAUUAGAGCAGUUAUAUUAUGGGUAACAUCUGCAACGAACUAUGCCCAGCUCAAUCUGGGCAUGAUCCAGGUCAAAUGUUUACUGCUCAUCGCGCGACAAGCUAUUUCCUGGGAAGGCGAUCUGACUGGGAUGAGCUCUGGAUUUCUCAUGCGAGAAACUGUUAUGAUGGGUCUCCAUAGAGAUCCUGUCAACUUCCCCAAUAUAGCGCCAUUUUGGGCAGAGAUACGGAGAAGACUCUGGUUGACUAUUGCUGAACUGGAGCUACAUAUUGCGCUUUAUAGUGGUGUGCCAGUUGCAAUAUCCUGGGAUGAGUUUGACUGUAAUCCACCAUCUAAUGUGGAAGAUGAGGAUCUGUUGGUGGAGUCAACCAACCUACCGCCGUCCAAACCGAUCAGUGUCCGUACCAGAACUUCUUUUCAAAUCACGCUUGCUCAAACAUUACAAGCAAGGCUCCGGAUCGCCAAAUCGACCAACAGUGUCAGAUUCAGUGUGAGUUACGACGAGGUCCAACAACUGAGCGGAACGCUCACAACUGCACUUGCAGAAGCUCCAGCUGAAUUACAAGCCAAUGCUUCUGCAGAUGAACAUUCUGGCAGCCCCAACCAGGGCCUUAUCUUCCGACGUUCACUAUACCUCUUCCUCGUAUAUCGGUGUCUUCUUGCACUCCACAGGCCAUUUUUCCUCAGUCUAGCGGAGAACCACAAUGAGCAAUAUGUAGUCUCACGGCGCUUGUCGUUCAACGUCCUUCCGCAGCUCGGGGGUGGUGCUGAUAACGAGGAUACUAUGACUUUAGAUGAUGCUUGCCCGCGCGCGGCUCGUCGCUGUCGGGAUUUGCUACUUGCGGAUGAGACGAAUUUCGCAACUUCCGGCUCUGGGGCUGGUGGAGAUGGAGAUAAUAUGGGGUUACAUGUUCCUACACUAACACAUUUGUUUCUCUUCGAGAACGGACGGGCUCAACGAAUGAAUACCCAACCAUCACAACAAGCAGAGUCACUUGAGCAGAGCUCAAUCCCAGCAUUCGUGGAAGGUGCUGCAGGGGAUUCUUUCGAGCAACUGCUCUCUGACUGGGAUAUGUCGCUCGAUCCGAUGUCUCUAUAUCUGAUUGAUUCUUGGCCGAUACCGCCGGAUUCUUUCGAUGAAGGGCUGACUGAGGCGGUCUUCCAUGAUAAACUAGUUGUGUAUAAUAUUUAA